AUGUCCUAUAAUGUCCUUCUGUAUCUGCUGCUGAUUGUGCUGUUCAGCUGUAACUGCAGCAGUAUGUCUGAGGCACAGAAGAAGGAGGGGGAACCACCGACUGGCAGGAGCGAGUCUUUACCUGUGGAGUGUGGUGCUGCCGGGAAUCAGCAGCCCUGCCUCAUCACAGGGCUUUACCCACUGUUGACAGAGCUAAGCUCCAGUCUUCAGUCUCUGAAGGCCAGCAUGGACCAGGAACAGUUUAGGAGAAAAGCUGUGCCACUGUCUGAGGUCCAGCAGAAAGAGAAAGGAGUUCAGGCUGAGGUGACUGAGCAUUUGAAUGUAAAGGAAAGCAGUGCUCUUUUGGCCUUUGGUGAGUUUCAGCCACAUAUUUUCACAUGGAUCCAGUCUGAGCUGGCAGAGCUAAAAUCUACUACGAGUUGUCUGAAGAACACACUGCAGGUCACAGAGGAACAGCUGGAGCAGCUCAAAAGAAAAGAAGAUAAAGUGGCAUUUGCAGCCACACUUGGGAACAGAGGUAGCAUUGGGCCUUUCAACACUGAGAUAACUCUGGUUUACAAAGAUGUCUUUGUGAAUGAAGGAAGUGCUUACAACCCAACCACUGGUAUCUGUACAGCAUUUGUUAAAGGAGUCUAUUUCUUCACUUUCUCUGGACAUAACCACUCAUCUAAACCUAUGAGUCUAAAACUCUUAAAUGGACAACAGAUGAUAACUAUUUACAAUCAUCCUCAAGGUAACCGCUAUGAAACAGCAUCUAAUUCAAUCUCUUUGACUGAGAAAGGAGAUCAAGUCUACAUGCGUCUCGGGGAAAAUCCAUGGGUCCUAUUCUCAACAAAUCUCAACUGA